CUAGCGUGUACAUACCAUAUAUUACGAUAGUUUUCAUCUACGUAUUUUGUAGUUUUUAUAAUUUCAUCAAUAAGUUUUUAUACCAGAUUUGCUUAGUCUAAUAGUCCAAUACUUUAGCCGGAAAGCAAGUUUGAAAACUGACAGCGAGAAGGCCACGCCUACUAAUUGUAGCGGGUAUAAUUUUGGGACAACUAGAUGAACAAGGAACGAUAGCUCGCUAGCUCAUUGGUGUUGCGGUUAGUGAAAAUACAGCAUGAGUUUGAGUAGGGAAGAUCUCCGCAGGGAAAUAAAAGUGAUUAUUGAUGAUGGAGAUCCAGCCAAUCUAACUUCGAAGAAAGUUAGACUGACCCUGGAAGAGACGUUAAAGGUUGACCUCAGCAGUCGAAAGAAAGAAGUCGAUGAUUUGCUCAUGGAGGUUAUCACGAGCAUGGAGAAUGGAGGCGAGAGUGAAGAUGAUGAUGAUGAUGAUACUAAGCCGCCUCCGAAGAAGUUGGCUGCAGCGGCGAAGAAGAGGUCAAAGUCAAACGCUUCAGACAGCUCAUCGGAUGACGAUGAUGCGAAGCUUGCGCAGAAGCUGCAGGAUGCCGAGAAGCGGCCGAAAAGACGCGCUGCCAAGCCGACGAAAAAGGACGCGACGGCGGCAAAGAAGCCUCGAAAGGGAACUUCGACCUACAGCGUGGCCUGUGAUCUCUCUCCCGAAUUGGCCGAAAUCAUGGGCAGUGAUAAAAUGGCACGCAGUGCAGUUGUGAAGAAGAUGUGGCAGAUUAUCAAAGAAAGGAAUCUAAAGGACCCCCGGGAUGGCCGUUACCACAUUUGUGAUGAUCAACUCCUGACAGUGUUUAAGAGAAAAAGGGUGCAGAGUUUUGCAAUGAUGAAGUACCUAAAAGAACACAUAACACAACCGAAGAAAACAUAACGUAUGGGAUGACAGCAUGCAGUUGCACAUGAGGUGGUUUGCAGAUGGUAGGGCCCAGGUGGGUGGCCUUCUUUUUUCUAAGGGAAAGGUCUUACUGAGGUUGAGGUUUACUGGCAUUCUUUAGUGGGAGGCAACACUCACAGAUCUGUGCGUAUCUGUGCCAGAAACUUAUAUGAUACGUAUUCAUGUCCCUCUGUGGGGAUGCGUGCUGUUUUAGCGGUGAAAUAAUUAUUAUAGAUUGUAAGAUAGGGUUCAUUUAGAUAGUAUUUCGUGUAAGAAUGCCUUGUUCAAACUUGCCUGUAGUUGGAUCUUGAUGUUGAAGAUUAUAACCUGCACAUGAACAGUAGAGUGAAAAGAUUAAUCCUGGUUUAUUUGUUAAUAACGGAUUCUGGUAUGUUUUGGAAAAUCAUUUUAAUUUGUUCCAGUCUGUUUUAAGAUCGAUAAUAACUGUAAAGAACAAUUAUUAGUACAGGCUCAUAAGACAUUGAUGAACAAUGCAGUAGUUGCAAAACCAACCAUUUUCUGAUGGUGGAACAGUAAAGGUACAUUAAUAUUUUUUCUGUCAAAGGCAUAUAAAAAGUUGUUGUCAAGUAAGUAGGGGGCCUACCUCCAGUUGCUUGUGUUUUAUAUUUACAGUUAUCAUAGAGCAACUUUCGUACUACAUUAUAAUUAAUAUAAGCGAGUGAAAUAAAUACACUGAACUGUGCAUCUUUUAGUUCAGAGUAAUAAAUUAUGGGGAUCUGGUAUAUUUUGUGUCUUCAUGUCAAAUGUGGAAGAAUAUACUUUUAUUAAUGUGGUUUCCAGGUGCAUUGUUUGCAGAAGUCUGUUUACUUUUGGUAUUAUUUCACAGCACAUUUCUUUCGGUGGCUACUUUGCAUAGCCAGCAAUGGUUUUACGUUUGCUUUUGUUUGAAUAUAGUAUCACAGCGUGUUUAUUUGCACGCUUGCCGCUUAUGGGCGGUUGUGUAUCGUUACCACCAGGGGCAGUAUAUGAUUAAGAAUAGAACCGAGUAUAAGUGAAGUCUAUUUUGGUACCUAGUGGGUGGACUUUUCGCCGGCCUAUCUACAUGUUUUAUUUCCAUGGCCGAGUAGGCACGCAACCUAUAAUAGUCGUGAUCGUACAUGUAACGUAUGUGUUAUGUGUGUGCAUCCCCCCUCCUCCCCGUGAUGUAAUUGCCUUUGCCGUAGUCGUUGCGGUUUGACGAAAAUGUCUAAAACUGGGGCAUGCGUGGCCAUAAGUUAGAUAUACAUAAUUGUAAAUAUUGUGACGGGUGCCCAUCGAGCGAUGGCAAUUAUUGAUUAAGUGAUUAAAUACCAUACAGUUUCAGGGCUCAGACCUAUUGCACACGUUUUUCCACUGCAAGAGAAGGUUGUUUCACUGAAGAUCAUGUGGUUUGUUCAACUGCUUAUCUGCAGAAAGCAUCGCCUUCAUUACGAAGGGUGUGUUCGUCGUUCGAUAGUUAAUCUUACUGUUUUAUGCACAAUAAACGUUUUCCAACAUAA